AUAUACUUGCCUCAUGUAAAUAUAGUAGCUGAGUGCUGAUCAGAUAAAAUGAACUCAUAUACUGUAAAUACAAUCUGAGCGUCAUGUGACUGGCACAGAGAUGUGAGAUGAUUGCCUGCACUUCUUUCACUUACACGGCACCCCUGUCCUCUGGGUGUUCGGGCACUUUCUGGAGAAAUUGCAUGUACACAAGAAGAGGGGAUCAAAUGUUUUGCUGAUUAAAAAUUACCUGAACUGCGUGCAACAGAACGCAAUACAACUGUUGAAUGAAGCAUUAAGCCGUUCAGUUUAAUAUGUGCCUGUAGCGCGGCAGUGAACGUCUUACCUUAGCGAGCCUCGGCAUUGUACGCCCCGGUUGCUAGGCUUGUCUCUGUACUGUGGAAACAUUGCAGCUUUAAGAGACGAGUCUGCGCACUGAGGGACCGAGUUUAGUGGCUGGUCUGCAGUGAAAUAAACCAGAAAAAAAAUCAGGGAAUGAAGGAGCAUCGUUCAACCCAGGAAUAAAGACAGGACCUGAAGACUGGGAAACAGGAGAAGAAGAAAAAAAAAAAAACAACUCACACGCACAGAGGGAAGAAUAACGGGAUCAAGCAUGGCUGGGAUGGGAGGAAAGAGGAGGAAAGCUGGGCUCCCGGGUUUCUGCUGGAAAACCUGCUAUUUUCAUAUAUUAUUCUGGGUAGUUUCAGUGUGCGGAGAGGAGAAGACCUUCAUUGUGGAGACAUGGCUGAAGAACUAUGGCUACCUUCUCCCACACGACAUCCGGACAUCCGACCUGCGGUCCGAGAAGGCCAUGCAGUCUGCCGUCGCUGCCAUGCAGCGUUUCUAUGGGAUACCUGUGACAGGUGUGCUGGAUCAGACAACGAUAGAGUGGAUGAGAAAGCCUCGGUGCGGAGUGCCGGACCACCCUGGGAUCAGCCGGAGAAGGAGGAAUAAACGCUAUGCGCUGACAGGACAGAAGUGGAGACAGAAACACAUCACCUACAGCAUACAUAACUACACCCCCAAGGUGGGAGAGCUUGAGACACGGAAAGCUAUCCGGCAAGCUUUCGAUGUGUGGCAGAGGGUGACCCCGCUGACGUUUGAGGAGGUCCCGUAUCACGAGAUUAAGAGCGAGAGGAAGGAGGCAGACAUCAUGAUCUUCUUCGCUUCGGGUUUCCAUGGAGACAGCUCUCCGUUUGACGGGGAGGGGGGGUUUCUGGCCCAUGCCUAUUUCCCGGGUCCGGGGAUCGGAGGCGACACGCACUUCGACUCAGACGAGCCGUGGACUCUGGGGAACGCAAAUCACGACGGUAACCGUGGAAAUGACUUGUUUUUAGUGGCAGUCCACGAGCUGGGCCAUGCCCUGGGCUUAGAGCACUCCAACGAUCCCAGCGCCAUCAUGGCUCCCUUCUACCAGUACAUGGAGACGCAGAACUUCAAGCUCCCCCAGGACGAUCUGCAGGGCAUCCAGAAGAUCUAUGGCCCUCCUGCUGAGAUGCUGGAGCCCACCAGGCCCUUGCCUACUCUACCGGCCCGUCGAUCCCACACCAACUCGGAAAGGAAACACGACCGGCAGUCCAGACCCCCGCGUCCUCCCUCGGGGGACAGGCCCCACUCUCCAGGGGCCAAGCCUAACAUCUGUGAUGGGAACUUCAACACUGUGGCCCUGUUCAGGGGGGAGAUGUUCGUAUUUAAGGAUCGCUGGUUCUGGAGGCUGCGUAACAGCAGGCUGCAGGAAGGCUAUCCCAUGCAGAUCGAGCAGUUCUGGAAAGGGCUUCCUGCCAGGAUCGACGCUGCCUACGAGAGGUCUGAUGGAAAGUUUGUGUUCUUCAAAGGUGACAAGUACUGGGUGUUCAAGGAGGUGACCGCGGAGCCGGGGUACCCCCACAGCCUGGUGGAGCUGGGCAGCUGUUUGCCGCGUGAAGGAAUUGACACAGCUCUGCGCUGGGAGCCCGUGGGCAAGACCUACUUCUUCAAGGGGGACAGGUACUGGAGAUACAACGAGGAGAAGAGGGCUGCCGACCCCGGCUACCCCAAACCAAUUACCGUGUGGAAAGGCAUACCGGAGGCACCCCAGGGAGCAUUCGUCAGCAAGGAGGGCUUUUACACCUUCUUCUACAAAGGGAAAGAAUACUGGAAGUUCGACAACCAGAAGCUGAACGUGGAGUCGGGAUACCCGCGAUCCAUCCUCAAAGACUGGAUGGGCUGCGACCAGUCUAUGGUGGAGAAGAACAAAGACCGUCACCUCCCGCACGACGACGUGGACAUCAUGGUGACCAUCAACGACGUCCCCAGCACGGUCAACGCCAUCGCCGUGGUGAUCCCGUGCAUCCUCUCACUCUGCAUCCUGGUCCUGGUCUACACCAUCUUCCAGUUCAAGAACAAAGGCGUGCAGCAGCAGCAUGUAACUUACUACAAGAGGCCCGUGCAGGAGUGGGUAUGACAGACUCACCGGGGGUGCACCCGUUUUCUUUCGUAGACGAGGGCUGCAGGUGAACUGGACGCCAUCCUUUGAAAAUGCCCCUACCACCUUACCAACGGAGGAGGGGAGGGGGGGAGAGGGAGGGGAGGACCUAACAAAAGACCCCGGACCGAUGAAUCAUGGGGAAUUCACUGUGCUUCUGGUACUGAGCAUGAGCAAAAACACAAAGCAGGGGCGGGGCUGACUUGGGCAAGCUCAGCAGCCUUGCCAGACUUGCUGCUUUACUCUUUUCUGGGGCAUGCCAUUCUACGUCGGCUCACGCUGUCCACUUUUCCGACGCCUUCUGUUGGACCUUCUGAAAGGAAGAAGUGAGGAGCGCACCUCUGAGUGUUCGCAAGGCUCGCUACCAGCAUUCCUCUGUGGACCUCUUUCAUUUCUGUCUCUCAGAAGUCAAAUUGGAAAUGGAUUUAAAAAAAGGGGAAACAAUUAAAAACAUUUAAAAACAACAGAAACAGUAGGUAGAAAAGGAAGAGGAAACCCAAGGGAUUUUCCAGGGGGCAUUGAAACUUCCCAUACAGUUUGUAAAUGGAUCAUAAAAGGGAAAUGCAGUUUUCUGUGAACUGUGAUGACUCAUGGACGAUUUCAGACAUGACUUUGUUUUUAAGUUCAGUAACCAGGACUCUUGUAAGGCUUGAAUAAACUGUAGCUUACUAGUUUUCAGAGCCAGUGACCUUGUCAGAAACAGCUGGUUAUUGAACUGAUGGGGGUGGGAGGUAGGGGGGUAGGAUUUUUUGUAUUAGUGUGGGUGGUACGGCAGUUAUUAUUACUUGCCAUUGCCGAAGGCUUUUGUUAGGAGCCCUGAUCAACGUGCUCCAUUCUGAAUUCCUGUAGGGAUAAAUACCAUUAAGGAUUUAUUAACAGGAAUGAGUGGGCCAUAAGAACUGCUAUAUUAAAGCAGCCUUAAAAAAUAACUUUUUUUAAAAAUAACUUUUGCCUAGAAAUGUUUCCAUUACUUGUCUUUGUAUCAGAAAAAAAAUACAUCAGUUCUACAGCACAGCAGGAAAGUGAUUUAGUUCAGUGAUUUAGAUGAACUGCUCAUUGUCUUUUUUGAGGUAUCAGAGAGGAAGAUCGCUGAACGCUGAAAUCACUGCGGAGUGUUGCUGGAGCUGAUAGCAGCUUGCUAGCAUUCCCUGACUGAGACUUGAGGUUGAGGAUAAAAAAAGAACAAGGCUGCUUUAAACAAUGACAUAAAGACUCUGAGGUUUAUAGCUUACAAGGCCUUGGUAAAUGCAGAGGGUAUAGAGAGCGGUCCAGAGUUCCUGUAAAGACUGUUAUCAGUAACCUCCAGCACAGGCCGCAGUAAUUGAACAAUUUCCAUUAAACCCAAAGCUAUUGAAGGAGAGCUUGAGCUGAACCUGGUCCUUUAAACAGAGCUGCGUGCGUUCAAGCAUUUCCUGAGGGAACCUGCAAGCCCCUCAGUGGAGAUAGGGAAAGCUGGGAUUGUAUCAUGUGACACGGGAGGGGAGGUGGAGAAAGGGAAAGCUGGGAUUGUAUCAUGUGACAUGGGAGGGGAAGUUUGUUAGUAAAGCACAGAAGCCUGUACAGAUCAUUUAGUUUCCAUUAAGACAUGCGUUGGUAUCAUUGUGUCUCAUUUAGCGUAGACCUCGAUUUAGCUCUACAGACACACUCUGUUUGCAGUGUUUUUAAACUCAUCAAUUUUGUUAACGUCGGUGCGAAACGGAUCAGUUUAGAAGUCAACGGUUUUCCAAUCCUAUUGUGUAUUGGGCCUCUCCCUCUGGUUGCAUUCAUGUGAUUAUUAAAACAUUUAGGUACAUCUGAAUGCAGUAUUAAUGUAGAUAAAUAGCAUCCUUUGAUUGACGUCUUUAUUGCACAUCAGUCAGAAAACAGACCUGAUGCCAUCAAUGCCAUUAGUAGCACCAGAACUCCAGCAUGGAGUGCAGAGCAGCACUGCACUUUCAUAAUAGCACACAGCUGUGCUUCUGGAAUCAUAGCUGCACUACUUGAAACGCCUGAUUUGGAUAGCCAGAUAUACCCAUUACAAAUGGGAAACGUCUGAAAGGCAGGGUUGAUUUUGCAGGUGCUCCUGUGACUUGUUGCCAUUCAGUGCUGAUUGCUUCUCUGAGAAGUUUCCUGCCCUCCUCCAAUUAUAGCCUUGGCACGGACUACUUCCCUCUGAGGAAAAUAGUUUUAAUGGGAACCACGGGAGUGAUUCUAGCAAGUGUUUACCUGAAGCUGGUUACAUGGAGAGUGUUUCCUUUUAACAGCUGGAAUCUGUUGUCUGGAAUUUUAAGAUGUGCUUUGUUCAUGCUGAAUUAUUAACCCCACUAUGAAUGGUUGGUUUGAAAGCAUGCUGUAGAACAAACAGCGUGUGCUGAUGCUGCCUAACCAAGAGGACAUCCCUGCAGGCGAGAUGAAGUAUCGACAGGAUGCUCCUGUGUAUAGGAAGGAUGUGAAGUAGCUAGCUGGGUAACGCAGCAGAAAAUCAUGUUGCACUGCCUCUUGUUUUCCCAUGUGUCAGAGGCACAGCCUUGCCACAAAACGUUUCCAUGUGCUUUUAGAGUUCUCCGAGAGGCUUCUUUCACUGCUGUGGAAGGAAACGGAAAUGCAAAUGCAAAGAGGGGGUCGAGCGUUACCCGUUUGUGAUUGCGAGUAUUUUCAAGCAAAGACAAAAGGGAAUGUAGCAGAGGAAAAAUUAAAAUGGUAUUGGUGUUUGUGAGUUCUGCUGCUCCAAUACUGAGAUUUAUUCAUUUCCAGCUAGAAUUGUUUUGUAAGCUCUUUUUUGAAGUGGUUGGUCUGGCCAUGUCUGUGCUGCCUGACUCCACACAGAGCUGUUGUGAGUUCUGCUGCUCCAAUACUGAGAUUUCUUUGUCAGCUCUUCGCAUUAACUAGAAUAUCACCAUAAGGGAAUCUUACAAGCCUUUGAUUUUAUUAACAGGGGGGCAGUGUCUGGAGAGCUUUGGCCAGUAGCAGUGAUGGAAGUAAGACUCACACUGCAUAUUGCAUUGAGCUGUGCCCGGUUUUACAAUGCACAGCUUCUUUCAUGGAGAGGAUUGACAGCCCUGUAAAAAAAAGGCAUUAUUCUUAGCGAAAGAGGAGUGAAAUAGUUCAUUGCGAACAUGUUUGCUUUUCCUUUGAAAGAGGAGCAGCUGAUAGACUCUGAUUUUAACACUGGGGGAUUCAAAUCCGAAGCAGUUUUUUUUUUUCUGCUGUCUUAAAGAGAGGUGAUUUUAAUAGCAUUUCUAAUGCUUAUCGUUUGUUUUAACAGCCUUACAAUAAGAUAGAGUGUAACAGGAUCCAGAGAAAAGGAGUUGUAUACAGCAAUAUAAAUACAAGCUUGUACACUUCACAUCACCAGUGCAGUACCUUAAUACUCCAUUGGUCAUAGGAAGUACUUCGUGUUUUUGAUCUGUCAACGGUCAUACGACACAUGGCAGAUAGUCCAUAUGCAUGCCUUGGUUAUUUAUUGCAUUAUGGGUGCCAUUCAUUAAGAAAUAUAGACAGUCUAUAAUUGAGGCUUGUGGCAUUUUGCAAAGGUCUUAACUAAGACGUCUUGCAAAUUAGACCAGGUGGUCCAUUUUAAUGAAGAUCUCAGUACACCACUCUUGUUCUUAUCUUGCUAGUCAUGUUACAGUGGAAAGAAGCCCACGUGAGCACGGGUUCAAGUUUUAGUGUAGCAUCUUAAAGACCACAGGUCUAACACAGUAUAAACCCAUCUUAAAAUAUCUUUGACGCCACCUUAAAACCAUUUAAAACCUUCCUAAUUCCUAAUUCCAGUGAAUGACUACACUGUCUGUGAGAUUUGAGAGGUAAAGAAAGCUGCUGUCUGCUUUGUCUGCUGUAUGAUCACAGGUUUUAGCUUCUAGUUAUGGACAACAGAAACAGCCGCCUUUAAAUUAACCUGCUGUUGCCUUUUUGUUCUCAUUGCGUUUCUUUGUUGUGUGUUUUUUUUAAUCUGGAUAAUUGUUAACACACGUUUUAUGCUGAAUAUAUCACUUGCCUUUCUUAAUACCCUGGGGCACUAAAGAACAAGUCUGACGCUUCAUUUAACAUGGUUUUAAGGGUGUUGAAUCUGGUGUUUUUAUCCUACAGAUUUCCAAGUAAAGCACAACAUGUUUUCUCUUUAAAGAUCUUGUGUAACAACGCUUUCCUCUCCACGUUUCUCAUGGAAACCAGAAUCACUGCUCUGUUUAUUUCACAAUUGAAAAGAUGCCUUGCUUCCUUCUACAGAUAUUUCUUUCAGUAAUUAAGUGUGAAAUAUAUUUCAGACGCAUUUCAUUUUUGCAUUCUAAAAUGGUUGCAAAAAAGUAGCCAUUUUUUUAUAUAUAUACAUGAGAACAUACAGUAGGUUUCGAUAUCCAUUGCAAGAUUUUUAAUGCAUGGAUUUGUUAAACAACUUUCCUGUAACAAAGCUCAAAAGACUGAGGCCAACUUUCACAUGACAAAUGAACAAAUCCAACAGAAGUAUCGUUGAUAACAGCGCCCUCUAACAAUGUAAUCUCACUCAGAGAGACUCAUUUGCUUGGAAAGGGUUUUCUUAACCGCUUGGUGAGGUGAGGGGUUUGUUUUUAUGAAGCAGCACCAUUAGUUUCUCAAUGGGGUUAAAAAAAAGAAACCCAAUUAAAAGGAAUAAGCAACAACUUCAUUCAAGCCCGAAUGGAAAGUCUUGUUUGUUUAUUCCUGGGUUGGUACCCUUAUUGGGUGCUCCUUUGUGAAUAAAUUAUGGUAAUUGUGUACGGACUGGAGUAAACAGCUUUGAGAAUUCAGCCUACAGCGUCCCAUGCCCAAUAAUGAACGAAUACAAGUGUCUGGUUCUGACAGUUUGUACAUAUACCGUUUAUUGAAUUCACCACUGCUAGUCAACAUCAGGAAGGUAAGAGUAGAUAAACACCCACUGUUUAUAGCUGGGGCUUGUGAGCGGCCUUUAGCUGUUUUUGUGUGGUUUUUACUUCCUUCCAUUAAAAGCGCUAACAACAAUUUGAAGUACACACAAAACAAAGCACUUUUCUUCCUUUUUCAAGCAAUGUGGUUGCGAUUGUAAAUCAUACUGAACAGGGCAAGGUGUUGGGUUAGCUUUUGGUUCCUUGUUUUUUUGUUUAACUCUACACUGUGUAUCUAGGAUUCUCUCACCAUGUUGUAUUUCAAAUCAAUUUGUCAAUAAAAAUAAAGGGAGCUGUCAUAAAAAAA